AUGCCCCCAAGGUCCUCUACUGCAGUACCGUGGCUAGCAUACAGAGGUCUGAGUUGCAAUCCAACUGCCCGACCCUAUUUUUCAAUCCCGGUGUCCAUUAAUCCUGUGGCGCCCCCUAGUCCGCUUCCAUUCCCCGUCUAUCGUUGGACCCGCUCGUUUUCCCACUCCUCUUACCUUACCGUUUCCGCCAAUCCUACAACCAUGUCCCAAAUUGAGCGCAUCACAGAGAGCUUGGAGAAGCCAGAGCUAGAUGAUCGGUCCUAUCGGGUCAUCCGCUUGCCCAAUCAGCUCGAGGCAUUCUUGGUGCAUGAUCCUGAUACAGAUAAGGCAAGUGCCGCGGUCAAUGUCAAUGUUGGCAACUUCUCCGAUGAAGAUGAUAUGCCAGGUAUGGCCCAUGCCGUAGAGCAUCUCUUAUUUAUGGGCACAAAGAAGUACCCCAAAGAGAACGAAUACAACCAAUACCUUGCCGCCCACUCUGGUUCAUCCAAUGCAUACACUGCCGCCACAGAAACAAACUACUUUUUUGAGGUCUCUGCUACCGGCGAUUCAAGUGAGCCCAAGUCCACUGGACAGAACACCCCUUCCGAACCAGGCAAUGGAACAAACGGCACAGCCACAGAGACCGUAUCUACUACUUCCAAUGGAGAUUUGAAGGGCAAGUCUCCCCUGUAUGGGGCUUUGGACCGAUUUGCCCAGUUCUUUGUUGCCCCUCUCUUCCUUGAAUCUACAUUAGAUCGGGAGCUGCGUGCAGUUGACUCCGAGAACAAGAAGAAUCUUCAGAGUGAUUUGUGGCGCUUGAUGCAGCUCAACAAGUCUCUUUCGAACCCAAAGCACCCAUACCACCAUUUUUCUACUGGUAAUCUGCAAACUCUUAAGGAGGACCCGCAAAAGCGCGGUCUGGAAAUCCGUAGCGAGUUCAUUCGGUUCUAUCAGAAGCACUACUCGGCCAAUCGAGCCAAGCUGGUGGUCCUGGGUCGAGAGAGCUUGGACACUUUGGAAGAAUGGGUUUCGGAGCUUUUCGCUGAUGUUGAGAACAAAAACCUGACCCAGAACCGUUGGGAUGAUGUGCAGCCAUUUUCCGAGGCUGACAUGUGUACCCAAGUCUUUGCGAAGCCCGUCAUGGACUCGCGUUCCAUGGACAUGUAUUUCCCCUUCUUGGAUGAGGAGAACAUGAAUGACACACAGCCGAGUCGUUACAUUAGCCAUCUUAUUGGCCACGAGGGACCGGGAAGUGUCUUGUCCUACCUGAAGGCUAAGGGUUGGGCCAAUGGUCUCUCUGCAGGUGCUAUGCCCAUCUGCCCGGGAUCUGCUUUCUUCACUAUCUCAGCUCGUUUGACCCCCGAAGGUCUGAAGCUGCACCAGGAGGUGGCUAAGGUCAUAUUUGAAUACAUUGCCAUGAUUAAGGCUCGUGAGCCAGAGCAAUGGAUCUUCGAUGAAAUGAAGAACUUGGCAGAGGUAGACUUCCGUUUCAAGCAGAAGACCCCAGCCAGCCGUUUCACCAGCCGCCUGAGCAGUGUCAUGCAGAAGCAAUUGCCCCGUGAGUGGCUUCUCAGCGGGUCGCUACUGCGCAAAUUCGACCCUGCCUUGAUCAAGAAGGCUAUGUCCUACCUACGGGCCGAUAACUUCCGACUCAUCAUCGUGUCUCAAGAAUACCCUGGUGAUUGGGACCAAAAGGAGAAGUGGUACGGUACUGAGCACAAGGUGGAGAAGAUUCCAUCAGACUUCCUUGCCGGCAUCCAGAAGGCUUUGGACUCAACUGAAGCAACUCGUACCUCCACUGUGCAUAUGCCCCACAAGAACGAAUUCGUACCGACUCGCCUGUCAGUCGAGAAGAAGGAAGUUGACGAGCCAACCAAAACACCUAAGCUAAUCCGCCACGAUGACCGCGUGCGUCUUUGGUUCAAGAAAGACGACCGUUUCUGGGUUCCCAAGGCCACCGUUUAUGUCACUUUGCGCAACCCGCUGGUGUGGGCAACUCCUGCUAACCUGAUCAAGACAAAGCUCUACUGUGAGCUCGUACAGGACUCUCUGGAUGAGUACUCGUACGAUGCUGAGCUUGCUGGAUUGGAUUACCACCUCGCAGCAAACAUCCUUGGCCUUGACAUCUCUGUUGGCGGCUACAAUGAUAAGAUGUCUGUGCUGCUGGAUAAGGUUUUGUUAACUAUGCGCGACUUGGUUGUCAACCCAGACCGUUUCAAGAUCAUUAAGGAGCGUUUGACUCGGUCGUUCCGGAACGCCGAGUACCAGCAGCCUUACUAUCAGGUUGGCGAUUACACACGCUACCUACUGUCCGAGCGCAGCUGGCUCAACGAGCAAUAUAUCGAAGAAUUGGAGCACGUUCAGGCGGAGGAUAUUACCACUUUCUUCCCCCAGCUCUUGGCACAGACACACAUUGAAGCACUGGCGCAUGGCAACCUGUACAAGGAGGAUGCGUUGCGCAUGACUGAUUCCGUUGAAAAGAUUCUCAAGGGCCGCGCUUUGCCUCGAUCGCAGUGGUAUCUGCGCCGCAACAUGGUCAUGGCCCCGGGCAGCAACCUUGUCUACCCGCGAGAGCUAAAGGACCCGGCCAACGUGAAUCACUGUAUUGAAUACUAUCUUUAUAUUGGUCUCUUCUCUGAUGACACUUUGCGAUCGAAGCUACAGCUUUUCUCCCAGUUGACUGAUGAGCCCGCCUUCGAUCAACUUCGCAGCAAGGAGCAGCUUGGCUAUGUGGUGUGGAGUGGAUCCCGCUAUAAUGCUACAACCAUGGGUUACCGCGUGAUCAUUCAAAGUGAGCGCACUGCCCAGUACCUGGAGACCCGCAUUGAGUCUUUCCUGCGCGAAUUCGGCUCGACGCUUGGGAAUAUGCCGGAUGAGGAAUUCGAAGGACACAAGCGAAGUGUCAUUAACAAGCGCCUGGAGAAGCUUAAGAACUUGAACUCUGAGACUGGUCGUUACUGGUCUCAUGUUGGAUCAGAGUUCUUUGAUUUCUUGCAGCACGAGACUGAUGCUGCUAACGUGCGCAACUUGAGUAAAUCGGAUAUGAUUGCCUUCUACCGCCAGUACAUUGAUCCUGAAUCGACAACCCGCGCGAAGCUGGCCAUCCACUUGAACGCCCAGAGUGUAUCUGCUGUCCCCGAUGCUAGUGCGAGCGACAAGCGGGUUCGCGUUAUCGAAAUGGUGAACAAGCAGUUGACUGAGGCUGGUUUCGCUGUCGACGACGCCCGCUUGGCAACCGCGUUCGAAGAGCUCGAUAUGACUCUUGUUGACCACGCACAGAUUAUCUAUAUUGUGAAGACCUUCUUGCUUACUGAGCUGAGCAUGUCCAAGGAGCAAAUGAGCCCGGUGAUUGCGAAGCUGGAUCGUGAUAUUGGUAUCGAGCUGAAGCAGUUGGGCUUAGAGCCUGAGGUUAACGGCAAUGGCAAUGGUACCUCUGCCCCUAAGCAGGAGCCUACUGUGAUCAGUGAUGUCCCCGUUUUCAAGGCCGGUUUGCCUGUCAGCACUGGACCUGUGCCUGUCUCUGACCUUAGCGAAUUUGAGGAUUUUGACGCGAAGCUGUGA